AUGGAAAACUUUAAACUUCUCAAACAAGACGAAACAAUCUCAAUACUGGGAUAUUCUGUAAAUGACAAGGGAUAUGCACCCAGUUCUCUCUGGCCCAAUACUAUUCAAAAAUUAAAACAAAUUCUAGACAAUUUAAAUACCCAAAACUUAUCUCUUAAAGGUCGCAUCCUCACUGUUAAUACACUAAUCAUAUCUCGCAUCUGGUAUACAGCCACCCUUUUACCUCCUUCAUAUAAACAAAUAUCAGAACUUAACAAACUCAUAUCAAAAAGUAUCAAAUAUAAUUCAAAUGUACUACCACGAUACUCAAUAUUCCAACAAGCACAUUCUUCAUACGGCCUACAAGCCCCAGUACUCACAGAUAUUUUAAUGGCCCGCAUGAUUAAUACAUGGAUUAAGCUCUUAACUGGAAAUUUUCUAUGGGCGAAAAUAGAAAAAGACAUUAUAACACAGCAAAUUUCUAAUAAAGGAGGAAUAUCAAUAAAUCUAGCUCUAUCCCGCAACCCCAUAAAAACUAAAUACUGGCCUGACAGAUGGAAGCCCUUUGUCAAGGCCUGGAAAAAGGCAGAAGGAUCAAUUGGUAAAAAUAAAGAGCCAUGGCCUUGGACUGCCGAAUCUAUAUCACUAGCAAAUGAACAAGGAAACUCAUACUCUGUGAAAAAAACAGUUUAG